AUGGAACAAAUACCCAACAAUACAAAAAUACCAAUCACACCGCUAGCGAACAUUAAAUGUAAACCAAUACCAUUUAUGACGUGUGAAUUAGAUGACGACGUUGCACUACCCGAAGGUUUAGGUGCAUCCGAAGUGGUUGGCACAGAAGUUUUCUGUG